UAAUCAGUUAUUAGUAUGAAAUCACCUUCAACAGGUAUGUCAGCCUGGUCUAAUCCUCUUCAUCCUGAUGUCUUUCCGGGUGUGAGAAAAAUGGAGGCAGAGGUAGUGAGAAUGUGCUGCACAAUGUUCCAUGGAGAUGCUUCGAGUUGUGGAGUUAUGACAACUGGAGGUACUGAAAGCAUUAUUAUGGCAUGCAAAGCUUAUCGUGACUAUGCUAUCAACGUAAAGGGCAUCAAGAAACCUGAGAUGCUGGUUCCAGUGUCUGCUCAUGCUGCUUUUGAUAAAGGUGCACAGUUGUUAGGGAUGCGAAUCAGACAUGUACCUCUUGACCCUGAAACCAUGAAAGUUGAUAUUGCAGCCAUGAGAAAGAUGAUCAACCGCAACACAUGCAUGCUUGCAGGCUCAGCCCCACAGUUCCCACAUGGUGUCAUGGAUCCCAUCAUUGAAAUAGCAGGUUUAGGCCUCCGAUAUGAUAUCCCUGUCCAUGUAGAUGCAUGUCUUGGCGGAUUUCUCAUUCCGUUCAUGGAUGAUGCAGGAUUUCCUCUUGCACCAUUUGACUUCCGUGUUGAAGGAGUUACUAGUAUAUCUGCUGAUACUCAUAAGUAUGGUUAUGCACCAAAAGGAUCUUCAGUUAUCAUAUAUAAUGAACCCAAGUGGCGACACCAUCAAUUCUUUGUUACCCCUGACUGGCCAGGCGGUAUUUAUGCCACCCCGACAAUUGGUGGCUCAAGAUCUGGUGGCAUAGUUUCAGCUUGUUGGGCUGCUUUGGUGUACCAUGGCAAGCGAGGUUAUGUUGACUAUACAAGGAGCAUCAUCCAGACUACUAGAAAGAUAGAAGAAGGGUGUCGCAAGAUCAAAGGAGUCUUUGUAUAUGGCAAGCCAGAAGUAUCAGUUGUUGCCUUGGGGUCCAAUGACUAUAACAUCUAUCAGCUCUCCGAUAGAAUGGGCAAGAGAGGCUGGAAUUUGAAUGCCCUGCAGUAUCCUCCCAGCAUUCACAUUGCAGUGACUGUCUUGCAUACCCAUCCGGGUGUUGCUGAGCGUUUUAUCAAGGAUAUAGAUGAAUUGUCGAAAGAGAUACUUGAAAACCCACCAAAAGAUGCGGGUGGAAGUGCAGCAUUGUAUGGAAUGGCUCAAAGCAUCCCAGAUCGAUCUCUUGUGGGGGAGAUGGCAUGGUGCUACCUGGAUGCUGUAUACUCCACCAAAAUAUCAGAGAAACCCACUAUUGAGUAGGAAGAUCACCAGGAUAGUAAGAAGCAAAUGGAAGAAAAUGGAAAUUGGCAUUUUACAUUGCAGUUUAUUUUAAGGAUGCAGUUUGCAGCUAUUUCCAAACUGUCAUUAACAGUUGUUAUAUAAUGUCACUUGUAAAUGAAACCAUUGUAAAGACUUAACAUGAAACAAUAAAAAAAUGUCAAUUAAAUUGAGUAUAUUGUAAUUUUGGCAAGUUUGAGUAUCAUAAGCAGUUAUUCAGGUAUUUAGUGUAGCAAGGAUGUGGUGUUAACAUUUAAUGUUUUUUUACACUGUUGUAAUGUGACGUAUUUUAUGAGAGUCCAGAGUGAGUUAUGUUUCAGCUCAAAUGUAGAUUAGUAGAAAGAUCAUCAGUACAUCAAUUAAAGAGAACUGAUGCAUUUACUUUAUAUAAAAUAUAGUAUUGAUCAAGUCAGUGAAACUACCAAAGUCUAAUAGUAAGCUUGUUUGAUAUCUAAAGAUCACAGAUAAACCAUUGAAUAGAAAAUAUUUAGAAUAAAGAUGAUUAAAAGGCCUUUAUUUGUAUUGUACCCUUAAGCUAGAGCAUGACUUGAUUCAGAGUGCACUUUGUAUCUAAUUAAAUUCAAAGCAUCAAAAAUAUUUUUAGAAAAUGAAAAGUAUUGUCUCAGGAUGUAGUUUUAACAGCCAGAAGCCCAAAGUUUAUGGGCACUUAGUUGUUAUAAGUUACCUGUGAUAAUAGGUGCUCCAAAAGUAAA